AUGAAUUUGGAUAUCAGGGGAAAGCUGGAAGAGGAUCUGCUCGUUGUGUACAGCCCAAACCAGGCACCUAAGACUGAGAACCACUCCCUGUCCGCCAUCAGUUUCAAUGGCUCUGUGGAACAGAUCGUCGACCUGGACGAAAAACGAGAGCUGCUGGUUGCUGCUGUAGUCAUUGACUUCACCUGGCAGGACAGCCGGCUGAAAUGGGAACAAGGGUACUACGGGGACAUCAAGACCAUCAGCGUCUCGGGGAGCAGCAUCUGGAUCCCUACACUUACCCUGAAAAAGAAUGCUGAUCCUUCGUACCCGGGACUGGCUAAGGACGUACCGCUUCUGAUCACCAUCGAUGGCAGGGUAACAUGGAGGGUGGAGACUCUGACCAGCACCAUCUGUGAUGCAAACCCGUUCUACUUCCCUGCCGACACCAUGGAAUGCCACAUCUGUUUCUCUGUGUCCUCUGCGAUCAAGCAAACCAUCGAAUGCGGAGCGGGCAGUUCCUGUGGCGUCUGGUCUCCAACUCAACAGGAGGACGAAUGGAAUCGGAAGGACAAGAUCUUCACAGAAGGCAACAAGACGGCGUGCUUCGCUGUUCAUCUGGAGAGGAUCCCCCUGUUCCACAUCGCCACGACUGUUGCCCCCUGUGUCAUCCUGGUGGUGCUGAUGACCAUCACCUUCGUCAUGCCCAUAGACAAGGGAGACCGGAUCUCCUUUGGAGUGACCAUCCUGCUCUCCAUGGUCGUGUCUCUCGUGUUUGUCACGGAUGUACUUCCUGUGAAAGGAGCGCUGCCAUUUUUCGCCACGCUGAUAGUCGUGUGCAUGGGGCUGAUGGGACUUUUCCUCUUCUUCACCAUCUACAUCAUCAGCCUCCACGACAAGGAGGGGAGUCUGUCUCCAAUGGCGAAGACUUUCUUUCUCCACUACAUGGCAAGGUUCCUGCUGCUUGGAGACCUCACACAGAAGGAGGCUACGAGCGACGAUGGAGAGACAGGCCUGCCCGGCGGGAAGCCAGCCUGGGCUGUGCGGACCAACCGCGUGGCCCCUGCCCAUGACAUGGCGGUGACCGACGUAGAGGCCUCAGCUCAAGUCUCCGAGACAACCCGCCAGCUGUCCGGCCCGCCCACCCGCCAGGAGGCCGCCUUGUCCUCUGACUUCAGUGACCUGAUCCACAGCGUGGAGGAGCUGACCAAGGCGGUGAAGAACGAGCCGGAGGUGUCCGAUUAUACCCUGCUGACCAAGGUCCUUGACAGGCUGUGCCUUGUCCUGUACGUCAUCAGCGUGGCCGUGGCCGUGCCCAUGACCAUGUGUCUGGGCAAGUAA